AUGGAUUUCCGUUGGUUCUGUCUUGGUAACUGCAUUGCAAUUCUGUCAUGUUUGGCUACUUCUGAGCAAUCCACUGCAAUCAUGGAUCUCAUAGAAUCGCGUUGGGACGCAUUAAUUGGCGAAAUGCCUGCAAAAAUAUGCUAUCCAGCACUCGAAAAUCAUGAGUGGAGGAUCACAACAGGCUGUGACCCUAAAAACACUAGAUGGAGUUACCAUAAUGGAGGGUCUUGGCCGGUUCUUUUAUGGCUUCUUACCGCGGCUUCGAUCAAGACGGGAAGGCCGCAUAUUGCGAAACGUGCGCUUGACAUUGCUGAGGCAAGAUUGUUGAAGGAUAAUUGGCCUGAAUACUAUGAUGGAAAGCAUGGUAGGUACAUUGGGAAGCAAGCUAGGAAAUGCCAAACUUGGUCUGUUGCUGGAUACUUGGUGGCUAGGAUGAUGCUGGAUGAUCCAUCACAUUUGCGUAUGGUGGCUUUUGAGGAUGAUAAACUCCUAAAGCCUCAACAUAGAAGAUCAAAUUCUUGGUGA